AUUGUUUGAUUGUUCUACCCCUGUUCCCACUCUCCCUACCCUCCCCAUACUCCGUGACCACCGGGAUGUCAAGUACCACAUCAGUUCACACUGAUGUCGAUGGAACAGGACACCGGGGCACUGCCACGACGCAGUGCCAGGCUUGCAGUUCGUACCCGCCCUGUGGUACCUCCAAGACCCAAGCAGCGACUCAGCAAGCGGAAGACUCCAGCAGCAUCAAGUACAGCAAUAACAGUACCAGUGACCACCCGUGUUCUUCCCGCAUGCCCGGUCCAAGGGGCCGGUGAGCCGUUGGCAGCUUACCUUCAGCGGGUACAGGCAUUCACAGAUGUCGUAGCUACCGCAAAGGCACAGGAGGAAGCAGCAGAGGCGGAACGUCAACGGCUGGCCAGUGAGGCGGCAGCCCAAGCUCAGCAAACUGCUGAGGCUGACGCCGUGGUGCGAGAUAAGCGGAAGGCCAUUUGCAUGGAGUCCUUGACUAUGAAUGAGAGUCAGUGGACGACACUGCUCCAAGGCAUGCUGUUUCUGCGACAGAUUCAGCAGAAUGAUUCUGCAGCCUUAACAGCUGCUGUUCGUGCUGCCGCCACACAUCAGCAACAACAGCAACAGCUGUUGAACACCACCACCGCACGCGUCAACAACAUCGAGGCUAAGGCCUCAGCAGCGCCAGGCUGCACGACAGACGAGACGAAGCAGCUCAAUGGGCGCAUCGAUCAUGCCGUCAAUCUCAUCGGCGACAUAGGUGUUUUCAAUGGGCCGGACACAAUCAGUAGCACGAUGGCCGCCAUCAAGACGGACAUCACCAAGCUGCAGACGAGACGGGACGCCGCUACGAAGAAUUACAAGAUGCCUCACUUCGACAUCAGCAAGUUCGACGACUACAACAAGUCGGACGCCUUGACAUGGUGGCAAAGUUUCCUCACGGAAGCAUCAUGCCGCACUGUCCCGGCCGAAGACAUGAUGAAGGCACUGUACUUACAACUGAUUGGAGGAGUGCAGGCAUGGAUGAACCAUCUGGCGGCUACCAAGAAAUGCACCAUCGCCGAACUCCACACGCACAUUCCGUGGAAGGAGUUCGAGAAGCUAUGGCUCACCCGGUUCAUGGUUCGCAACGUCGUGAAGGCAGCCAUGAACGAGGUGUACACCUGCUCUCAAGGUAGUAUGCCAACUCGAGACUGUACAACUAAGUGGCAGAAGAUAGUGACCACGCCAGGCUUCAAUCAGCGAUCCGAGUACUUCUCGCGAUCGUGCGCAGGACUGUGGUCGGCACUCGGCAACGAGUACGAUUAUGAUUCAUUCCAGGCCAUUCUGGAUCGUGCGAACUUAGUCAUCCAAACGGAUGACAAGGCCGCCAACGAACGGCAGUCCCAGCCGCAUUAUGUGGCUAAGCAUGGCUAUCAACGACCGACACAUAACAAUGUCGUGAUUUCUGAAGAAACAGUCGAUCUCCACGCUGCAGCAGCAUCUUCGAGUAAUGGAGGAAUUGUAGCAGCGCUCCCGCCGAAGCGUCCCAAGAGAGUUCGGAAGAACAAGGCGACACAAGAGACGACAUCGACGGGAACUGGGAAGCAGCCAUGGAUGGCUUACAAGAUAACCAAGGAUGUCUAUGACCUUCGUCAAAAGUACGGAUACUGCCUUUGGUGCAACGGCGACGUUGGACGAGCACAUCACACACCUUCCGCUGUUUUGAAUCGUUUGCGACUGGCCAAGUACAAAGCAAACCGCGACACGUGCGAGUUCGCCAAGCAAGAGCUUGAGUAUUUGGGCCACUAUGUUACGUCGAAAGGCAUUCGUCCCUUAGCGGACAAGAUCCAAGCCAUCGUGGAUUGGCCGGAACCCCGUUGUACGAUGGAUGUACGCUCUUUCAUGGGUUUGGCUGGAUACUAUCAGCGAUUCGUCGAGUCAUACUCGAAAGUGACCGCUCCUUUGUCGAGACUUCAGUCCCCGAAGGUGCCCUUCGAGUUCGACAACGCAGCCCGUGGCGCGUUCACUACGUUGAAGGCAGCAAUGCAAGCCGCACCUGCCCUCCGUAUAUACGACCCCACCCUACCCACCCAAGUGACUACGGACGCUUCGGGAUACAGUAUUGGUGCGGUGUUGGAACAAUGUCAUGAGGACGGUUGGCAUCCGGUCGAGUAUUUCUCCCAAAAGGUGCCUCUCGUCAACACUCUCGACGACGCUAGGAAGAAAGAGCUACUCGCGUUCGUCACCGUUCUCGAUCGGUGGCGCCACUUUCUUCUCGGUCGUCGGCGUUUUAAAUGGAAUACGGACAACAAUCCGUUAACCUUUUACAAAGCGCAGGACACGGUCACUAGCACGAUCGGUCGAUGGAUGUAUUACAUCGACCAGUUCGACUUUGACCCGUGCCACAUUCCCGGUCCCGCCGAUCGAGUUGCGGACGCCCUCUCACGACGGAUCGACUUUUGUGCCAUUGUGACCACGACAUUCGACCUCGAUGACGAUCUGCAGCCGCAUUUCGUCAAAGGCUACAAGUCCGAUCCGACUUACUCUACGCUAUAUGCAGAGCUCUCAUCGGAUCACCCGCCGGCUAGCCACUAUCGGAUUUCCGACGGGUUCCUUCUCCUUCACACGAGAGGAAAGGACUUGUUAGUUGUGCCCCAAGAUCGCAUCUUACGGACUCGUCUUCUCGACGAAUUCCACGACACACGACUUUCGGCACACCUUGGCGUGAACCACACAUUAGCACGCCUCUGCCAGCGUUUUCACUGGCCCGACGUCCUUCAUGACGUCACGAGGUACGUUGAGUCAUGUGCAGUUUGCCACCGUAACAAGGGUCGAUCUCGAGUUCCCUUCGGCGAACUGAAACCGUUGCCGAUUCCUCGGCCACCGCGCCUCUCCAUUGCUAUGGACGUGACAGGCCCGUUCCCCCGCGAUCGCCACGGCCAUGACGGUAUUCUCACGGUCGUUGACCGUUUGAGCAAGUAUGCUUGCUUCCUUCCUUGCAAGUAUCAUGCUGCAGCACCCGAGCUCGCACAACUCUUGCACACCAGUUGGAUUACCAACCAGGGUGUUCCGGAAGACAUAGUGAGCGACCGAGAUGCUCGCUUCAUGUCGACCUUUUGGACUUCCCUCAUGGCUGAGUCCGGUACGACUAUGAAGCCAAGCUCGGCUCGGCACCCGCAGACGGAUGGGCAGACGGAGCGAGCGCACCAGACCGCUCAAAUGAUGUUGCGUACGCUCAUCCGCCCCGACCAGAAAGAUUGGGUUGACCGGCUUCCCGACAUCGAGUUCGCCUACAACACUUCGGUGCACCCGGCGAUCUGCGUCACACCAUUCGAGUUACAUCAUGGUGGAGAGAAAGCACGGAUCUUCGCUGAUCUCCUUUUGCCACAGGCCGCCGACACAGACGUCCCUUGCUCUCCCGCUUCCGUUCGGAAGUAUCGAAACUUGCUGAUCAAAGCCCGCGCAAAUAUGCAAAAGGCUCAUAUCCGCAUGCAGCAGCAGGCUAACCGACGUCGACUUCCAUGUCCUUUCCACGAGGGAGACCUUGUUUGGGUCCUCUCCGAGGAAUUUGCGCUCGAGCAGGACGUUUCGCGCAAACUCCUUCCGAAAUGGUUCGGACCAUGGGAAGUCACUUCUGUCGUUGGAAACGACCCCGCAGGUCCUUCCUUUGUGAUCAACAUUCCACCGCACCUUACAGUGCAUCGGGUCUUCCACGCGUCAAAGCUGGCCAUCUACACGCCACCUUCAGCUGACGAGUUUUCCGGACGUCGAUCAUAGGAUCCGCCUUCUAUGGACGGACAUCAGGAAGUUGACCGAGUCAUCACGCACCGCAAGUAUGGCAACAAGCCAAUGCAGUACAAAGU